AUGGCUGGACUGCGCGAACAAGAGGCCCUUCGUAGCAACGUCGGCCCUGACGGACGGCCACUGUCGGCACAAGAACGCGAGCGACUUUUGCAACCCUAUCUCCCCGAUGCUUCACCUGGCAAGCAACAGCCGACGCAACCGCUGCGACAGCUGAUCAAGGCUGCCCUGCACCUCUUGCUGUACAACCUCAUCCAUUUCGCCUUCUCCGUCUACCACCGCUUCCGCGUCGCAUACCACAAUCUGAUCGACCGCCUCUUUGCCGUCCUGUACUACCACCACCGUACCCCAGAGUACAUCCAAAAAGAUGUCCACCGCCUGAACAAAGUCCCCAAGCACCUGUCAGUCAUCCUCGAGCUCGAUGACAACACGCGCGACAACUCGAGCCUGGAAACUCUGAUCCACAACGUUUGCGAGGUCGCUGCUUGGUCCGCCUGCGCUGGUGUGCCCCUGCUGAGCAUCUACGAACCAUCCGGUCUCCUCAAGCAGUCUCUGCCACUCGUACACCGCCGCAUCUCCCGUACCUUGGCCGCUUAUUUCGGUCAUGACAACCCAAACAAGCCAACCCUUUCGCUCGGCGCUCCUCACAUGCAGUCUUUCUCGCCGCCUGCUUCGCCCAAAUCUUCUCUGCACUCCACUUCUUCCAAGUUGCCCCCCCAUCUCUCCAUCCUGCUUUUGUCCGCUUCGGAUGGUCGUGGCACCCUCGUUGACUUGACAAAGACGUUGGCUGAGAUGAGCCAGAAGGGAAAACUUGCUCCCAACGAUAUUUCUAUAGACCUGGUUGACGCCGAACUCACCGAGAGCGUCAUGGGCGAGCCUGACCUACUGAUGUUGUUCGCUGAUAGUGUCCACUUGAAAGCCUAUCCUCCGUGGCAGCUGAGACUCACCGAGAUUUUCCAUGUCCCUGACAACAACGGCGUUGGAUACCAAGUCUUCCUGCGUGGUUUGUACAAAUAUGCCCAGGCUCAGAUGAGGUUUGGAAGUUAG